GUGUGGAAGCAAAAGGCAGAGAAGCUUGCGGGUUCUGAAGUGGAGUUGAAAGCUCGACUGGAAGAUGCUGACAAAAAAAUCUGCAAAAUUUCGGGCGAGGCCGCACAGUUGAAGGCGACCUGUGAGAACCUCCAAACUGAAAAUGGUCAGCUUGCGAAGAGGUGCAGUGACAUUGCAAUCGAAAAAGACGCGCUAAGUGAGGACGUUGAACGGAAGGAGAAAGACCUUCUUGACUUAACCAUGGACCGUGAUGAAAAGGUCAAGGAACUUGGUCUGCUUCGUGCUGGCAAAUUGGAGCUCGAGCGUUCCGUGGAUACCUUGAAGCUUUCUAUGCAAAGCGCCAACGAGAGGUUGGAAGAGGUGAAAUCAAGGCUUCUGGAUUCUGAAAAGCUUCUCCAGGACAAAACGAAGGAACUGUUUGACCUGAACGUGGUAGCUGCCACACUGAGGUCCGCAGCCGACGAAAGGUCGGCAGCCACCGAGAAAGUGCACUCCAUGAUGCAGGAUCAGAUUGAAAAACUCACGAAGGAACAGGAGGAAAAUAAGAAGGCCAUCGACUUUCAACGGAAUCUGAUCGGUCAACUGACUGGGGAGGUUACUGCGAGGAGAGUGGAAGUGGAUCAGAAGGAAGUCGAGUUAAAGAAUCUGGAGGGGAUAUCACAGAGUGAAUGUGAUCUCAAGGCAGAGAUCACAAGGCUCAGGCGCGAGUUGGCUGAGAGGGAGCAGCUUUUCCGUAAGAAGGAUCUCCUGCUGCAAGAGAUGGAAAAGCGAAUGAAAGUCCUCCACAACCGGCUCAUGUUGAUGAAAGGGAACAUUAGGGUGUUUUGCCGUGUUCGUCCCCUGAGUGCGAAGGAAUGUGAAAGGAAUCCUGCUGGUAUGGCCGUACGGAUUCCCGAGAACAACAUUGACAACAAGAUCGCGGUUCAAGGGCAUGAAGGAGAUUUCAAGUUCGACAAAGUUUUUCCGCCUGAUACGACUCAGACAGUCGUGUUUGAAGAGAUCGCUGAUCUGGUUACUAGCGCAUUGGAUGGCUAUAAGGUGUGCAUCUUUGCGUAUGGCCAGACCGGCUCUGGGAAAACUUUUACCAUGUUUGGGGACACCACAGACGAGACACUUCGUGGAGUUAUUCCAAGAUCUAUGCAGCAGAUAUUUCUGGUCAGCCGCGAAAAGUUCACCAUGGGCUGGGAAUACACCAUUCAGGUCUCCCUCCUCGAGAUCCACAACGAGGCGAUCCGUGACCUGUUGAAAGGAUUCCACAACGAUGAAGAGGCUGCAAGCUCGAAGCCUGAGAAGGGAAGUGCGGCGGCCAAAAAGGCAGAGCUUUCUCUCUACAACAUCAUUCACGAGAAGGAUGGCAGUACAACAGUGCUUGGCCUCAAAGUAGUCACCGUGCAGUCUGUGGAGGAUGCAGCUGAGGUUUUCGCUUAUGCACACAAGAAGAGGUCUGUUGGAAGGACAGACAUGAACGAGGAGUCGUCACGUAGUCAUGCGGUCUUCACCCUCAGGCUGAAUGGCAGGAAUCGGGACACUGGAGAGACGACACAUGGCAUCCUCAACUUGAUUGAUCUGGCAGGAAGUGAAAGACUUAAGAAGUCGAAUGCAACGGGAUCGACACGGACAGAGUCCAUCGCGAUCAACAAGAGUUUGAGCUCCCUGUCCCACGUCCUAGAGGCAAGAGCCAAGGGGGAACUGCCACGCUACCGAGAUGGGAAGUUGACCUACCUGCUCCAGGUAUUGUCUUGA